AUGCCCGGACAUUUGCCGAAUAAGACCAACACACUUGACUACAGAGCCCAUCGAGGUCUCGUUUGUGCGGUUCUCGUUUGUGCGCGCAAAUUGAACACACAGUUCGGAUCUUCGCCGAGCCAGGGAACACGGAGCAUCGACUUCUUCUUCGGCAAAGCGCGAAAUCGAUCUGAAAAACUCGAUGUCCAUGUCGAGUCUUCAGAUGACAAGCAGUCGGCGGCGGCAACACUCGCCGAUAGAGCCACCGCCACCGACACAGCUCAAUCGAUGACAGAUGAAGAGUUGGCUCGCAAGUUACAAGCAGAAUGGGACCAAGAGGAUGCCGAUGUCCGCGGUAGCGCUCAAGAGCUGACCAGCGCGGAUGCUCAGUUGCCAGGAGAUGGAGACUCGGAUGCAGUCGGUGUGAAGCCCUCGACGGGUGAACGAGAGUCGCCCGAAGUGGCAGGGGAAAGCAAAAGUACAUUGCCUCCAGCGGUGCAGAAAACAACACUUUCGCUCCAGUCUGCCACUGCCGAGGAGGAUACCAUUUCAUACAACAUUCCAUUCGAUCAAUCGCCUCUCACGUUUGAUCCUCAGGACUAUAUCCCAGCAUUGCAGACGCAAUGGCAAAAAUCGUCCAACAAGUCGACUUAUGCCCUGCUGACACAUUGCUUCAUGCUUGUCAAUGCAACAACUUCUCGCAUCAAGAUUGUUGAUACACUGACGAACCUUUUGCGGACACUGAUUGAAGGCGACCCUGGCUCACUCAUUCCGGCUGUCUGGCUCGCAACAAACAGCAUCUCUCCACCGUAUAUCGAUGUCGAGCUUGGUCUUGGCGGUUCAGCCAUCUCCAAAGCGCUCAAGCGUGUAUGUGGGCUGGACAACUCAUCUCUCAGGACGUUGUACAACAAGCACGGCGAUGCAGGGGAUGUCGCCUUUGAAGCAAAGAAACGCCAGAGUCUCACCCUACGCAAACCCCAUCCUUUGACUAUCAAAUUUGUGUUUGAAAGUCUGACGAGAAUUGCCAACGCCAAGGGACAAGGUUCUGUCGAAGUCAAACAGCGCAUCGUUGAGCGCCUAGUUCAGGAUGCACGCGGAGCUGAAGAGUCCCGCUAUGUCGUUCGUACCUUGGUGCAACAUCUUCGGAUCGGAGCUGUCAAGACGACGAUGCUUAUUGCCCUCUCUCGCGCCUUCUUGCUGUCACGUCCUGCUGGCGCUACUUUUGAAGUGAGACAACGAGCGGACCUCCUUCGGCUGAGCAAGCAAGAGCUCGCCGAUACCUAUCGUCCUGGAGAGGAGCUUGUGAAAGCAAGCUUUGCUCGGCGUCCAAAUUACAACGAUCUUAUUCCUGCCCUGAAUGAUCUCGGAGUGCUCGCUCCCGAAGAGUUUCUCGCCCGCUGCGGACUUGCAAUGCACAUCCCGUUGCGGCCCAUGUUGGGCGGCAUUACGCGUGAUCUCAAUGAAAUGUUGCUUCGGCUCGAAGGCCGAGAUUUCUCUGGCGAGUUCAAAUAUGAUGGUCAGCGAGCUCAAGUCCAUUGUGAUGCUUCGGGCAAAGUGACCAUUUUCUCUCGGCACCUUGAAGUUAUGACAGCUAAGUACCCCGAUCUGGUGGCUCUUGUUCCUCAGAUCCGAGGCGACGGUGUGCGGAGCUUCAUCCUGGAGGGCGAAGUCGUCGCGGUCGACAAAGUGAGUGGUGACCUUCAGCCUUUUCAGAUUUUGUCGAAUCGCGCGCGAAAGGACGUAGUGGUCCAUGAGGUCAAGGUCGAUGUGUGCUUGUUCGCAUUCGAUCUUAUGUAUCUCAACGGAGAAGAAUUAUUGGACAGAUCAUUCCGAGAGCGGCGCAGUCUGCUCAGAAGCCUGUUCGUCGAGAUCCCAAACCACUUCACUUGGGUCAAAAGCAUCGAUGCCACCUCGGAAGACGUUGAUGCCAUCAGUGCGUUCUUCAAGAGCGCAAUCGAUAUCAAAUGCGAAGGCAUUAUGGUCAAGGUUCUAGAUAACCCUCGUGAGACCGAGGAAGCCAACGUCGCUGGCGUGAAAGCGUCGUCGAGACGAAAGGCUCUGCCAUCAACUUACACCCCGGACAAGCGGCUAGAUUCCUGGCUCAAAGUCAAAAAGGACUACAAUAAUGCUCAGACCGAUACACUCGACCUUGUGCCGGUGGGAGGCUGGCAUGGUCAAGGCAGAAAGAACAAAUGGUGGAGUCCAGUCCUGCUGGCAUGCCGGAACGAGGAGGAUGGAUCGCUUGAAGUGGUCACCAAAUGCAUGUCUGGUUUCACCGAUGCGUUUUACAAGGAAAUGAGGGCUAAGUACGAUCCCGAUCAAAUGGAAAGUUGUGACGAAGAAGCUGCAGACAAUGGCGAUCACGUCAACAAUGAAACCGACCACAUCAGCAUGAACAAGGGGGUCACAAACAAUGUCAUCUCGCGCCCAUCAUAUAUCACAUACACUGGGCCCGAGCCUCAAGUUUGGUUCAAUCCCCAGGAGGUGUGGGAGAUAGUCUUCGCAGACAUCACUUUGAGUCCAACAUAUAGCGCAGCACGUGGAUUGGUCAGCGACGAACGUGGUCUGAGUCUUCGAUUUCCUCGCUUCCUUAAAGUGCGCGAGGACAAAGGCAUCGAUGAAGCGAGCACGAAUUCAAUUCUUGCCGAGCUAUAUCGGAAGCAGGGCGAACGGGCGUCUACCAAGGCCGCUGAUAGUGACGAUAAUGAUGAGAUAAAAGAGUAA